AUGCCAAGUUGGAAUAGAUUAAUUAGAUUUGUCGCAAAUGACGGCAAAAUUUACAGAGGCGAGCCAAUCAUCUCUGAUACCGCUUAUGAUAUAGGAAAAAUAUUCGCAGCGGGUGAAACUAUCAAAGCUAAGGUUGUUGUAGGUGAGAAUAUUUUCAACGAUGCAAAGGUCACAGAUGAGGUAUUGGAAGUCAGAAAGUUGUUAGGUCCACUUACCGCUGACGACGUUCCAAUUAUUAAGUGUGUUGGUUUGAAUUACAUGAAGCAUAUUCAUGAAGCUGGAAGGACCCCUCCACCUUAUCCAUCUAUUUUUUAUAAGCCUCGUUUCAGUGUUGCUGAUCAUGGUGAACUAAUUCCAAUUCCAAAGAUCGCCCAAAAACACCAAUGUGAUUACGAAGGUGAAUUAUGUGUUAUAAUUGGUAAAACAGGUAGAGACAUCAAAGAAGAAGAAGCCUUAGAUUAUAUCGCAGGUUACACUUCUGGUAACGAUAUUUCUUCUCGUACUUGGCAAAGAGACCCAGCUUAUGCUGGUGGAGUCCCGCAAUGGUGUUUCUCCAAGAGCUUCGAUAAAUACGCACCAUUAGGUCCUGUACUUGUCUCUACCAAGGCUAUCCCGGACCCAGGCGUUCUUAAACUUGAAACCAGAGUUAACGGUGAAACCCGACAAAAUACAAACACUGACGAUCUUUUGUUCAGUAUUCCAAAGAUCAUAGCUUUUAUCAGUCAAAAUACCACCUUGGAAGCAGGAACUGUUAUCAUGACAGGUACUCCUGGCGGCGUUGGUGCGGGUUUUAAACCGCCAAAGUACUUAAACGAUGGAGACAUGGUUGAAGUUGAAAUUGAAAAAAUUGGUACUCUUUCCAACAAAAUGGAUUUUGAAUAG